AUGGCGGAAGAGGCUCCCACCGACUACAGCCUGGCCAACCCAGAUACUUUGACCAAGUACAGGACCGCUGCCCAAAUCUCGCACAAAGUCCUGGAGGAUGUCAAGAAGUUGUGCACUGAAGGCGCCAAAAUCCUCGAGAUCUGCCAGAAAGGCGACAAGAUUCUAGACGAAGAGGUCGCAAAGGUAUUCAAGGGCAAGAAGGUCGCCAAAGGCAUCUCACACCCAUGCACAGUUUCGCCAAGCACAUAUGUGACUCCCUAUACGCCACUCGUAUCUGAUGCGGAAGAGGCAGGUGCGGCCCUGAAGGCUGGCGAGGCCGUCAAAAUUCAAUUGGGAGCCCAAAUUGACGGGUUUGGUGCCAUUGUCUGCGAUACUAUUCUGGUCGGUGCGAAGUCUGAGGUCACAGGUCGCCCGGCAGACCUCAUGCUCGCAACACACUACGCCAACGAGCUGCUUCUCCGCAUGAUGAUGCCUCCUGGUUUGAUCGCGCAAGGGACAGAUGAGGAGAAGAAGAAGGCACAAGCACAGAAGCCGUACAGCCAGUCUAAGAUCACACAGCUGCUAGAGAAGGUCGUGAAGAGCUACGAGUGCAAUCUUGUUGAGAACACGACUUGCUGGUUGUUCGGCCGUAACGAGAUCGAGGACAAGAAGAAGAUUAUCCUGGCUCCAGGUGAGGGUGUCAAGGGUGAGGGUCUGCCUGAGAUUGGUGAGGUGUGGGGUGUGGAGAUGGGUGUAAGCACCGGUAACGGCAAGGUCAAGACACUUCCCAACCGUCCAACUUUGCACCGAAGGACGACCACAACGUACGGCCUGAAGCGACCAAGUUCAAGGGCCACGCUUUCCGAGAUCCAGAAGAGGUUCGGCACCUUCCCAUUCAGCUUACGACAGCUUGAGGAUGAGCGUGCUGGCAAGGUCGGUAUCGUCGAGUGCGUACGUGGUGGCGUGGUUCGUCAAUACGAGGUGAUAGGGUCGACCGACGGCGAGCCAGUCAGCAGGCUGUUCAACACCGUUGCCCUAACCAAACAUGGUCUGCAACGACUGUCAGCUCCCCCCACACUCAAUAUCGAGCAGUACAAGUCGGAUAAGAAGAUCACGGAUGAGGAGGUUCUCAAGAUUUUGGAGCUGCCAUUAGGUCUGCCGAAGAGCGACAAGAAGAAGUCCAAGAAGAAGAAGAAGUCCAAGAAGACCAAGGCCGCACCAAAGGCUGCCGAGGAGGAAGACGAUGAUGAUGAUGAGGAUGAUGAGGAUGAUGAGGACGAUGACGAUGAGUAA